AUGAGUGAAGUUGAUCUUAUUCUUGAACAAUUGGUUUCCCUAGUUUUUUCAAAUGAAUCUUCGCUGAAACAGAAGGAACGUUACUUAUUGUACAAAAAGUAUGUUAAAAAUACAAAUGCUCCAUCAAUAACAUAUAAUCAAGUAAUAUCUUCUGUAGAAGGAAUUGCUGAAAAGCAGAGUAUUUUAGGAAGGGAGGAUGUUGCUAAUUGUCUUCAUGCGCGUUUGGCUGAGCUCGAUCAAGUGUCUUCAAACUGGAGAGUGAAGUUAGGUAUAGCUAAUGUGUUGCACUUGCUGCUGACUUUAAGCGCACAUCCUAGAGAUGUUGUUUGGCCAAAGGAAGAACAAGAAGAAGACAUAUCUGACGAGCUUGCUAGUGAGAAACUCAUAAACCAGGAUGACACUUAUCUCUCCGCUCCAUUUGAAGGGGAACAUUGGGAUAUUCCUAAUUGGGAAUCCUCUGAUUCAGAUACAUCCGUCACAUUUUAUGAGGAAACACCGCCAGUUAUUCCCGAUAAUGAGAAUAUUCAAGACCCUCAGUAUUAUCCACACGCCAAAGUCUCGGAACACACGGAGGAUUAUGCUUACCAACAAUACGAAGACCCAGUAAGUCAUGCCUCUGAGACAUUACUACAGAGGAUCCUAGAGAAAGAAAGUAGCGGUACGCCUCAAUUACUGCAGCUUUCUCAACAGUCUAUGCUCUACGAAAUUAUAUAUAUGUUAAUGGGCUACCAAGGCCACAUUUUUACUUGCGUGGAGGGCGUUUUCCGUCCUGCGCCCUUCGAUUACUUUCAAAUUCAAGGUUUGUCAACUAGUAUGCAGGAACAUAUAUUGUCCAAUUUUUGCAACUGGGGCCGAGAACUGCACAUUCUUAAUCGUGUCGCAAGCACUAAACAUUGCCGAUUCCUGCCGUCGUCCCCUUCAGACAUUGAGCGUCUUCCGCCUUUUAUAUUCCAAAUCAUGACUGUCUGGAUGAAUGAAACCGUUCAGAACGAAUUACUACGCAUGGAGUUGCUGGUGAGGAAACAUGCGUACAAUAUUUUAAAAUUGGAGCAUGAUGUUACUGACCUCAUUGUCUUCGUCGAACUUCUCACAAAGCGUCUCAUCAGCGGGUGCACUUCUGUUGACGAGUUUCUUCAUUGUAUAUUCAACAUACAUAUCGGAAGGAGGAGCAAUUCUCUUCACUUCGGAGAGUUCUUUUCUAAAUUAUAUUAUGAAACUCUAUCGACAUUUCUCAACAUAUCGAAGAUAGACGCUGGAUACGCUCUUCCAACGCCACUGCUUUACAUUAUCAAAACUUCGCAAAGAGUCAACAGGCAAGCAGCAAAAUCUUUGUUAAAGCAAACGUCUGAGAAAUAUUUUGCAGAAUCUUGUUCUGAAAGUCAGGCGCCUUCCUUUCUGGUCUUUGUUUUACGUUAUCAACAAGCGUUAUAUGAGUUAACGACCAUUCAAGAAACAGAAAAGCAAUCAGAUCUGACAGUGCAAGAUACCUCACAACUUAGUGCAGGUAGUUUCUCCUUGGAACUGUCAGAUACCCUACAAUCUUACACACUCAGAUUUAAAGAGGCGUAUCUCGCCUUGAACCAGAAAAAAGCAAACAAAUAUGUGUACGGCCAUCUGGUGUUUAUGAAAACGGUUUAUGACUUUUUAUUGUUGCUCUCAUGGGAAUGUUCGAGCGGAGGAGUUUCUAUAUUUCUGAAAGACAUCCUUACAAAACGAGUCUUGGACUUAUUUAAUGCUGCUCUCAGUUGUGUGCAUACUGAUUCGCUAGCAGACGUCCUGAAAACCAGCGUUUCGAAUGCUAAUGACAAUGACCGCGCUGUUCCGACUUCGGAAGACUGCAAUUCACCGUGCAUCAUGACAUACCUUGCACACAUUCUCAUUCAUCCUAGUCAACCCAUAGCCCUCGAAGCCUUCCACUACAGGUCUACGCUUUCAAAGGGGAUUAUGAACACCAUGCCUUUACGUUCGUAUGCAGUGAAUAUGUGCAUAGAUGAAUUCAAUUCAUUCAGCUAA